CAUCACAAGAAGGGUCUUUGGACACCAAACUUCCGCAUCAGUCUUCAAACUUCGUUUCUCCCCAAAGUUAGGCGAGCGUCCUGCUCAGCACUGGGCUUGGAUCUCUGACAUGGAGGACAUGCUAUCAUUCUGGGAUGUGGCCAUUUACUUCUCUGCAGAGGAGUGGGAAUGUCUGGGCCCUGCUCAGUGGAAUUUGUACAGGGAUGUGAUGCUGGAGAAUUACAGCAACCUUGUGUUCCUGGGUCUUACUUCCUGUAAGCCAUACCUGGUCACAUUUCUAGAGCAAAGACAAGGGCCUUCGGAUGUGAAGAGACAAGCAGCUGCCACACAAGCAGGAACAAGAUGCUGUACGUGUACAGACUGUGGCAAAGCCUUUAAUUGGAACUCACACCUCAUAAAACACCGGAGAAUUCAUUCGGGAGUGAAGCCCUACAAGUGUGAGGAAUGUGGGAAGGCCUUCAGCGCUCCAUCUGUGCUUUCUGCACACCAGAGAAUUCACACAGAAGAGAAAUCCUACAAAUGUGAGGAAUGCGGCAAAAUGUAUUAUUAUUCCUCAAAGCUUAAGGAACACCAGAAAAGCCACUCUCAGGAGAAACCCUACAAGUGUGAAGUGUGUGGUAAGGCCUUCAGGUCCUCCUCGCAUCUCUCUACUCAUUUGGGAAUCCAUUCUGGAGAGAAGCCCUACAAGUGUGAAGUGUGUAGCAAGGUCUUUAGAACUCCCUGGCAACUUUCUAGUCACGUGAGAGUCCAUUCUGGAGAGAAGCCCUACAAGUGUGAAGUGUGUGGCAAAGCCUUCUCUACUCAGUCAUACCUUACUCAGCACAAAUUAGCUCACACCGGGGAGAAACCUUACAAGUGUGAGGAAUGUGGAAAACUGUUCUUCUGUGCGAAAAACCUUAAGGAGCAUCAAAGAAUUCAUUCUGGAGAGAAACCCUUCAAGUGUAAAGAGUGUGGCAAAGACUUCAGAACGUACACAGCACGUUCUAAACACCAGAGAAUUCAUACUGGAGAGAAGCGUUACAAGUGUGGGGAAUGCGGGAAGGCCUUCCACCAGUCUUCUGGUCUCAAACAACAUCAAAGGAUUCAUCUGUGAGAGACAGCACACAAGUGUGACCAAUGCGCCAUGGCCUUUUGCACUAGCUAAGAACUUUUGAAACACCUGACAAUUCAUACUGGCGAGAAAUGCCGCAAGUGUGAAAUGUGUUACAAGCUGUUUAAUCAAUGUUGUAAUACUCUUCAACACAAGGUAGUUCAACUUCAGGGAAAUAAUUCAAAUGGUAAAAUGUCCAUAAAAUGUCUUAUACUUCUUUGGAUCCUAAAAGAUAUAAAGAAAAUUCAUUCUGACUUCUUCAAACUUCGCUUCUCCCCAAAGUUAGGCGAGCGUCCUGCUCAGCACUGGGCUUGGAUCUCUGACAUGGAGAACCUGCUGUCAUUCUGGGAUGUGGCCAUUUAUUUCUCUGCAGAGGAGUGGGAAUGCCUGGGCCCUGCUCAGUGGAAUUUGUACAGGGAUGUGAUAGUGGAGAAUUACAACAAUCUGGUAUUCCUGGGACUUGCUUCAUCAAAGCCAUACCUGGUGACAUUUCUGGAGCAAAAACAAGAGCCUUCAGAUGUGAAGAGACAAGCAGCUGCCACCAUGCACCCAGGAAAAGAACAAUAUACAGACAAAGAAUGUGAUAAAACCUUUCAUUGGAACUCACAACUUACUAACAACCAGAGGAUUCAUUUACGUAUGAAGCCCUAUAAGUGUGAAGAAUGUGGCAAGUCUUUUUGUUUUCCUUCAUUGCUUUCUAUACACAAGAGAAUUCAUACGGGAGAGAAACCAUUCAAGUGUGAAGUAUGUGGCAAGGCCUUCCAUUCUCCAUCACUGUUUUCUGUACACAAGAGAAUUCAUACAGGUGAGAAACGCUACAAGUGUGAAGUAUGUGGUAAGGCCUUCCAUUGCCCAUCAUUACUUUCUGUACACAAGAACAUUCAUACAGGUGAGAAACCCUACAUGUGUGAAGUGUGUGGCAAGGCCUUCCAUUGUCCAUCAGUACUUUCUAGACACAAAAGACUUCAUACAGGGGGAAAACCCUAUAAGUGUGAAGUAUGUGCCAAGGCCUUCCAUUGUCCGUCAGUACUCUCUGACCACAAGAAUAUUCACAUGGGUGUGAAACCCUACAAGUGUGAAGUAUGUGGCAAGGCCUUCCAUGCUCCACCUUUACUUUCUGCUCACAAGAGAAUUCACACAGGAGAGAAACCUUACAAGUGUGAAGUAUGUGGCAAGGCCUUCCAUACCCCAUCACUACGUUCUGUCCAUAAGAGAAUUCAUACAGGGAAGAAACCCUACAAGUGUGAAGUAUGUAGUGAGGUCUUUAGCACCUCCUGGCAAAUUUCCAGUCACUUGGUAAUCCACUCUGGAGAGAAACCGUACAAGUGUGAGGAAUGUGGAAAGGCCUUCUCUACAAAGUCAUACCUAACUAAGCACAAAUUACUUCACAAGAUGGAGAAAUUUUACAGAUGUGAAGAAUGUGGCAAACAGCUCAACAGUUCAAGAAGCCUUCAAGAGCAUCAAAGAAUUCAUUCUGGAGAGAAACCCUACAAGUGUAAAGAAUGUGGCAAAGACUUCAGAACUUACACAGCACGUUCUAGACAUCAGACAGUUCAUAUUGGAGAGAAAUGUUACAAGUGUGGAGAAUGUGGCAAAACCUUUUACCAGUCUUCUGGUCUUAAGCAACACCAAAGAAUCAUCUGUGAGAGAAAGCACACUGGUGUGAAGAAUGUGCCAAAGCUGUUUGGAUGUACAAAGAACUUUUAAAACACCUGAAAUCCAUAUUGGAGAGAAAUGCCACUGGUGUGAAAAUGUUGCUAACUGUUUAAUAAGCUUUCUAGUAUUUCUCAUCACAAGACAGUUCAAAGACAGUGGAAUAGUACAAAUUUUAAUGUGUUCAUAAAAUGUUUUACACUUCUUCAGACUGUAAAAGGUAUCAAAAUUUUCAUUCUAAAUAGAAGCCUUAAGGGUAGGGAAUGUGAUAAACUUCCCCAACGUAAAAGAAUACAGAGUGGAAGGCAGCCAUACACAUGUAAAGAAUGUAAUGAGUUUUCCACUGAAUGAAUGCUUUCUGACCUCUAUAGACUUUAUCCUGAAGAGAAACACCACAAUUGUGAAGGGUGUGACAAUGCUUUUGAAGGCUCCUCCUAAACAAAAAAGAAGAUCUCAUACUUAGCAACACCCCUACAAUGAUGUGAAGAGUCAUCAUUCUGCCCUUGCUCUACAGGAGUCUCUGCAAAUAGAGAGUAUGCUAGGCCUUUAGUGGUUCUUCAUGCCUGUUUCCACAUCAUAGAAUUCAUAUUGGUAUGGUGCACUAAAAAUGCUAAGAUUACGACAAGGCCUUUAUCUGACUUUCAUAUCAGAAGUAUCCUCUGAGACUUUUUACUAGUAAGAAAGUCUACACACCCCAAUCCAUGGGAAAGCCUUCAAUAUCACUAAUCAUCAUAAACACAAAACUCCACAUAUCCAAAUAAUGUGAAAAAGACUUCAAUAAUAUCACUGAUCAACACAAAAGUCUAUACAACCAAAUAAUUUGAAAACGCUUAUGUAAUAUUUUUAAUCUUCAUUAACACCAAAGAAUAUUCACUGGUGAGAUGUUCUACAAAUGCAGAUGCCUUGUUUCCUUCUGCUCUGAAGUUCACACAGACAAGCAAUAUGUGAUUGAGUCUCAAUUGAGUGAAUGCCUGGAUCAGAUUGACCCUUGGGUAUGUCUGUGGGUCUUUUUCAUGAAUUCUAUUUGACAUAAGAGAAUCUGGACCACUGGAUGAUGGCAGUGCACCUUGUGUAUGGCACUGUUGGUGACUUGGUCUUGUGUGUGUAAGAAGACAUAAAGUCACAUUCCUCCAUGGUUUCUACUUUCACCUACUGCCUCUAUAUUUUAGUUGUGUUCUCCUGCCCUGGCUUCCAUGGAUAAUGAAAUGCAGCAGUGAACUGAAAUAACCCCCUUUCUCCCCUAAGUAGUUUUUGGCCAUGGUGUUAAUCACACCAACAGAAAUAAAACUAAGUAAACAAUAUGUGAAAGCUCUCUACUCUUCUUUAUACAUUAGUUAUCGACCAGAGCCUUCAUAACUGAGACAAUAUCACAAAGCUUUGCGAUUUAAUCAACCUUAACUCUACACUAGAACAUUCAUAGUGUAAAAGUGCCCUGCUGUUACACAGAAUACUAUAAAGAUUUUACUGGUUUUUAUCAAAAUUUGAACACCACAAAGGUCAAACUGCAGAGGAAUCCUGUGAAAAGAAAUGAAACUCAAAUCUAAACACAUAGAACGUAAGAAAUUCAUAUUUAAGGAAAUCUACUACAAACUCCAAUGACUGGUUAUUUGACACAACUUCACGUCAGGAAGCCUGGUUACUGAGAAGCCCUACAAAUACAAGUGAUGUGGGAAGCUUUUGAUUUAAACUCCAUUCUGACUAACUAUGAGUGAACUCACAUUAUGUAGAAACCCUACAUAUGACUCUGGCAGCAACUUUGUACAACAUAUAAACCUCAUGAGAGCAAAUUAGUUAUAGCAGAAAAUACUGGAUGAAGGCAAAAAGCUUAGCAAAGUCCUUCAUCCUUCCUUAAAAAGUAAUGACUAGAGAGGAAUUAGUGUAAGAGAUCAAGUCUGUUAAUAAGGAAUGUUGAAAAAUGUGGGUAUAAAGUGACCGUGCUGUUUGAUAUGCUGAAAAAAAUAACUCAUUAGUGUCAGAAUCAUGCAGACCACUCAAGACAAAGCAUAUUAAUUAGACUUGUAAACUUAAACAAAGCUAACCUUUCUUAGAUUCAAUCACAUGACUAUGGAAAGAUCACAUGGU